CGUCUGACCCCGGGUUAACGUCUGAUGAUAGUUCGUCGCAAGGAUACGUUACUGCUUAUAGUAGCUUGAACACAUCAGAGGCCUCUCUGCGCCCUGAAUACCUCAAUGAGACACCUCCUGUGCCACCGCUUGCUGGCGAGCACGACUUAUCUCAAUCGCCGAACACAGAGGCACUACGUACCCAUGGUCAUAGCUUCUCUGAGAUCUCAAGCCUUACAGACGGCACAUUUCAAUUGAACCGCGGUCGAUCUCUUUCAGCGCGUCCACAAAGGCCUCUCGAUGGAACUGCAGACCAGGAAGAUGACUGCAUUCGUGACACGCAAUCUGUCUUCUCCACUGCUGAGGACGACCGGCUGCUGAUGAGCGGCGCACUGGAUGGCAUGCAAGGUCGAGAGCCCGCUGCAAGAAUCCCUAUUUGCGUUCCCGAUUCAUUCACUGAUAACGUUUGGCUGAACGAGACAGCGACGAGGGAGAGCAAUAAUGUCCCCACACCGGAACCACCUCCACCAGAUCCUUUUGGCCCUGUCAGUAUUGACGAUUGGGCUGUGGAGCUACCGGUUCCGGAAGGACUGUACACGAUUAUGGAGAGGGAAUACGAGGAUGAUAGUGAGGCUGAAUUGGAAGACUUUCAUCGUUGAUACAAUAGAAACUGUAAAAAGAAGGCUUUUGCUAUAUAGUGCAUAGCGAGAUAUGAGAUCAAACCACAGUCAUUUUUGC